CAAAAUUAUUGAUUUUAGGUGCUUAUACAACACACAAUAUGGUUUGCCGAUUAGCUUUAACCAGUUACGAUCAGAUGCCUGAAAAAUUAGCUGAAUAUUGUUACGUUGAAUUUACGAUGCCAGCAACUCAAGUGAGUCACACAACAGUUCGAAGUGUUAGUUUGCAGAAUUCCGAUAGCGAUGAACCACCAGAAAAAUACGUUCGUUAUUUAGCGAGACACGAAUAUAGGGUUGGAAUUGAACAUACGGAAGGUCAAGGUCCUGCGGCUUAUGAAGUGGCAACUUCAGUAACUCCGAAAACUCCAGCAACUAUACCAGAACAAGUACCGAAUGCGGCUGAAAGUAGCACGGAUAGUGAUUAAGCUAAUUAAAUGAAUGAUUAAAAUAAAAAAAAAUAAUAAGCUUACAAGUAAUAAUUAAAAUAUAAGUAACUAACUGUGAAUAACGAGGUAAUUAUAUCGAUUUAAUUAUAUAUCUAGUGAAAACUAAAAAGUUCUUUUCCUGGUUAAAUCAGCUUUCUAAUAAAAACCUGAUGAGUUUUGCUUAUGAUAUAAAACAAAUAUUGGAUAUAGAAAAAUGGAAUAGCAAAACUAGUUCUAAAAACUGGUACAAAACGUGUUCUUACUCCAAAAGUAAUAUAUAAUUGGAUAAUGUAUCAUAUAAAUAAAUCUAUAUCUUAAAAAAAUAUCUAUCUCGCUUGUAAAAAGAGAUUAAUAACAAGAAUAUGUGGACAAUAUUAAAAAAAAAAUAUUAUAAAAAAUGUUAUGCAAUAAAAGUUUAAAAUGAAUUUGUAAAAAAUA